AUGGUCGCCCUCGUCCCCCUCGCCCACAUUGUGGCUGCCGUCUUCUCCAUCAUCGAGCUUGGCCUGAGUUCAUAUGUUGCCAGCGGUUACAACGGAUACAACGGCUGGAGCGGCUGGUGGUCGCGAUCCCCCGACAUCGUCAACUUCAUCAUCUUCAACUCGGUGUGGUCUCUGCUGGUCCUUGCCUACGUCUGUCUCACGCCGUUGUACAUGACCCGUCUCUUCCACAAGCUUGUCUCUCUCGCCUUGCUAGUCAUCACCACCAUCUUCUGGUUCGCCGGUGCCAUCGCCCUCGCUGUCUUUGUCGGCGCUCCCAGAUGCGGUGCCAACACCUUCUGUGGCUCCUCCCAGGCCGCCGUCGCCUUUGCCUUCUUCAUCUGGGCCAUCUUCAUGUUCCUCACCGUUCUCGACACCCUCGAGGCCAUGCGCUCGCGCGGGCACAGCACCAAGGCCAACCACGCCUACCCCGGUGCUUAG